AUGGUCCCUAGCUCUCCUGAUGCAGGGCCUUCCUGCACAGGAUCUGAUGAAUUUGCCCAGGGCCCAGAGGAGAAAAGUGCAGGUGCCUCCAAGGCAGCCCCUGCUACUCAGAGCUCUCUCAUAGAUCCUCUGACGAGAAAGACCAGCACGCUGGUGGAGCUCCUGCUGCAGAAGGACACCAAGAAGGAGCCAAUCUCACAGCAUGCCCUGCUGAAGGUCGUUGGCAAGAAAUAUUGGCAGCACUUCCCUGAGAUCCUCAGGAGAGCCUCUAAGCACAUGGAGCUGGUAUUUGGCCUGGAUCUGACGGAAGUCGACUGUAGCAGGAACAUCUAUGCUCUCAUCAACAAGCUCAACCUCGGUAGCGAUGAAGCUCUGAGUGAUGAGGGGGGUCUGCCCAAGUACGGUUUCCUCAUGUUGCUUCUAGGCAUUAUCUUUAAGAAGAGUAACGGCGCCCCUGGGGAGGAGGUCUGGGAAUUCCUCAGUGUGUUGGGGAUCUAUGCUGGGAGGAGUCACUGGAUCUUUGGGGAGCCCAGAAGGCUCAUCACCAAAGAUCUGGUGCAGAAGAAGUACCUGAAGUACCGACAGGUGCCCAGUGGCGAUCCUCCGCACUAUGAGUUCCUGUGGGGCCCGAGAGCUUGUUUGAGACAAAUAAGAUGA